GCCGCGCCGCGCGCCGCUCCCGCCCCGCCCGCAACGGCGAUGACCGCCGAGGAGAUGAAGGCGGCGGACCGCGGGGCGCAGGCGGCGCCGCCGCCCCCCGAGGGGGUGGACAUCAGCCCCAAGCGGGACGGGGGCGUGCUGAAGGUCAUCAAGCGAGAGGGCACCGGCACAGACACACCCAUGAUUGGGGACCACGUCUUUGUCCACUAUACCGGGUGGCUGCUCGACGGCACCAAGUUCGACUCCAGCCUGGACCGCAAGGACAAGUUCUCCUUCGACCUGGGGAAGGGGGAAGUCAUCAAGGCCUGGGACGUCGCCGUGGCGACCAUGAAGGUGGGGGAGGUGUGCCGCAUCACCUGCAAGCCCGAGUAUGCCUACGGCUCGGCGGGCAGCCCGCCCAAGAUCCCGCCCAACGCCACGCUCGUGUUCGAGGUGGAGUUGUUUAGCUUCAAGGGGGAGGACCUGUCUGAAGAGGAGGACGGGGGCAUCAUCCGCAGGAUCCGGGUCCGGGGCGAGGGCUACGCCAGGCCCAACGAGGGCGCCAUCGUGGAGGUCGCGCUGGAAGGGUUCUGCGAGCAGCGGCUGUUUGACCAGCGGGAGCUGCGCUUCGAGGUGGGCGAGGGGGAGAGUCUGGACCUGCCCUGCGGGCUGGAGCGGGUCAUCCAGCGCAUGGAGAAGGGGGAGCGCGCCGUCGUGUACCUCAAGCCCAGCUACGGCUUCGGCAGCGCGGGGAAGGAAAAGUUCCAGGUCCCCCCGCAGGCUGAGCUCGUUUACGAGAUCCACCUCAAGAACUUUGAGAAGGCCAAGGAGUCCUGGGAGAUGAGCUCCGAGGAGAAGCUGGAGCAGAGCGCCAUCGCCAAGGAGCGGGGUGCCGUCUACUUCAAGGACGGCAAGUACAAGCAGGCGCUGCUGCAGUACAAGAAGAUCGUGUCGUGGCUGGAGUCCGAGUCGAGCUUCUCGGGCGAGGAGCUGCAGAAAGCCUCCCCGCUGCGGCUGGCCUCCCACCUCAACCUGGCCGUGUGCCACCUGAAGCUGCGGGCCUUCGCCGCCGCCAUCGACAGCUGCAACAAGGCCCUGGAGCUGGACGGCAAGAACGAGAAGGGCCUCUUCCGCCGGGGGGAGGCGCACUUGGCCGUCAAUGACUUUGACCUGGCACGGGCUGACUUCCAGAAGGUUCUGCAGUUCUACCCCAGCAACAAGGCUGCCAAGACCCAGCUGGCCGUUUGCCAGCAGCGGAUCCGCAAGCAGCUGGCCCGGGAGAAGAGGCUCUACGCCAACAUGUUUGAGAGGCUGGCGGAGGAGGAGUGCAAGGGCCAGGCGGCUUCGGGGAACCACCCGGCCGACGCGGAGAUGAAGGAGGAGAGGAGCGAGGCGGCGGGAAGCCAGUGUCAGAUGGAGACGGAAGCGUAGCCCCGCCCUGAAGACACCCGAGCCUUUGGAGAGGAUCGAGACCUUUAUUUUUCUAUCUGGUUGUUGGGUUGGCUCUGGGAGGGCGGGGACAGGCUGUCGGGGAGAGCCGAGGGGGUGCCCCUGUCGCCCUCACCCGCCCCUCGCUACGGGUCAGGAUGGUAAUUUAUUCUGCUUCCUGUGUGGUCUUGGGGAAGGGGCGAGAUGGCGGGGUGAGCAGCAGGGUAUAGAGGGGGAGCCCUGAGCAGGGUGCUAGGGUUGUGCCCGCUACCUCUUCCCCUCCGCGCCCGGCGUCGGGGUGGCCGCUGGGCCCUGUUCCCGGGUCUCCCCGCCCUCGGCCUCUGCUCACGGCUGGAGGCCCAGGUGCCCCUCGAGCCCUGUGCUUGAGCAAUAAAGAGGAGGAGCAAGCUGAGUG